AUGGGAAAUCAAUCAAAUUGUUGCUCAGAUUUGGAAAUUCAUACAUCAAAUUAUAAUAUUACCUAAAAAUCAUUAGACAGCUAAUCUACAAAUGAUAUUGACAUAUUAAGAAAAAUGAUUAUUUAACCUAUCAAACCAUUGCCUCUUAAUAGAUUUGAGAGGCUAAAAGACAUGCCUGAUGAUGAUAUUUAAGACAUUUUAAAUCAAUUUAUUGAACUAGAAAAGGACUGA